AACUUUACGAAUUCUGUGCUUUGUAGAUUUGCAAUCUUUAAAUAAAUUGUAAAUAAUAAAACUAAAAAGAGCAUACCUUAGAGAUUACCUUCCAUAUAUGGACCAAUUCUGCGGAUCUAAUUUUUGGGAUUCCAACAAAACCUGGUGGACAACCGAUCCGCAAUUCACAACAUGUUUCGAAAAAACUGCUCUUGUCUGGGCACCAUGCGCAUUUCUAUGGACGUUUAUUAUAUUCGACUUCUACUACCUCAAAGCGAGUUUUGAUAAAGAUAUUCCGUGGAACAAAUUAAAUUUAAGCAAGCUUGUGAUUAAUCUCGGACUUCUGGCCAUAACCGCAUUAGAUUUGAUCAUAGCUUUGGUUAAGAAGGGCGACGAAUCUGCCGCUGAAAUAUACCUCGUAGAUAUUUGGAGUCCCAUUAUUAAGUUCGCUACUUUUUUGCUGGCCUUCAUAUUCAUUCCACUGAAUAGAAAAUAUGGGGUACAGACGUCUGGUUGCCAGUUCCUAUUUUGGUUCCUACUUUCUGUUUGUUCCAUACCUCGCUGUAUUUCGGAAGUACAAGCUGAUCGAAAUCGCAGGAGCGAAGUACAAGACUUAUUUUGGGAGAAUUACCAAUAUUGUAGCUUCUUCUUUUUCUUUGCAUCAUCAUGUGCCAUGCUGUUGCUGAAUUGUUUUGCCGACAGCAUGCCCAGACAGACGAAAUACAAACGGGAAAAGAAUGAGAUGCCGGAACUUUCCGCCAGUUUCUUGUCGCGCAUUACGUAUUAUUGGUUUGAUGGAAUGGCCAGGAAGGGCUACCGGAAAUCUCUCGAGGAAGCAGACCUUUGGGACCUUUGUCCACGGGACAGUAGCAAGGAGGUGAUGCCAACUUUCGCCUACCACUGGCACAAAUAUAAGCCUUCACUGGCUUGGGAGUCAAAAGCGAAAUACGAAAAUGAAAAGGUGACAUUCGUUAAACCAAAAAGUUGGAGAAACCGUACAAAGAAGGACAUGGUCUCAAUAUUGCCCGUAAUCUUCAGGUCCUUCGGUGGCGUAAUUCUUUUCAGUUCGCUUUUGAAGUUAAUCACAAAUAUACUGGCAUUGGUACAGCCGCAAGUCUUAAGCCUAAUUAUUGAAUUUGUUUCGGACUUCGAGGGGGAACAGCAGCCCCAAUGGAAAGGCAUAAUGUAUGCCAUUCUGCUGUUUGUAUUGGCCGUAUUGCAGACCUUGAUGUUGGCCCAAUACUUCCAUCGCAUACUCAUUGUAGGCCGGCGCACUCGAACAGCGCUGAUUAAUUCCAUUUAUCGCAAGUCUUUGCGCAUAUCGAACUCCAGUCGAAAGGAGUCCACUGUGGGUGAAAUUGUCAACCUGAUGGCUGUAGAUGCGCAACGCUUCGUUGAAUUCACGCACUUCAUCAACACUCUGUGGUCUGCUCCAUUGAAGAUCGGAGUAGCACUGUUUUUUCUGUGGCAGCUUCUAGGUCCUUCUGUUUUGGGAGGACUUGUCGUUAUGUUCAUGUUGAUACCGCUGAAUGGUUUCAUUGCCAGUCGUACACGGAAAUACCAAAUUCGUCAAAUGCAAUACAAGGACGAACGUAUCAAGCUAAUGAAUGAGAUUUUAAAUGGCAUAAAGGUGCUCAAGCUUUAUGCCUGGGAGCCUAGUUUCGAGAAGCAAGUACUAAAUAUACGUGAGAAGGAAAUCAAAACACUAAAGUCCACAGCCUAUCUUAACGCAAGCUCCUGGUUUCUUUGGUCUUGCGCCAACGUUUUGGUCGCAUUGGUAACAUUUGGCACUUAUGUAUUGAUCGACGAAAACAACGUGCUCGACGCUAAUAAAGCCUUUGUCUCGCUGUCUCUAUUUAAUAUCCUAAGUCGGGAAUUGACAAUAUUACCUAUUCUUGUUACCAGCUUGGUACAGAUACAAGUGUCUGUUAAACGCAUAAACAAAUUCUUGAACAGCGAAGAGUUGGACCCCAACAACGUGCAACACGAUGCCUCAAAACCUCAUCCGAUGACCAUUGAAAACGCUUCAUUUUCCUGGGACGAUGACAACGAGACGCUCACAAACAUUAACAUUGUAGUGCCAAGAAACAAUCUUGUAGCCAUUGUAGGCACUGUUGGUUCCGGCAAGUCAUCCGUGAUUCAAGCCUUCCUCGGCGAAAUGGAAAAGUUGUCUGGUAGUGUCAACACGGUUGGCAAGCUGGCGUAUGUUCCCCAGCAGGCCUGGAUUCAGAAUGCCACACUGAGAGAUAAUAUACUUUUUGGCCAGCCUUAUGAUCGUCGGCGGUACAAUCGAGUAAUCGAGGCGUGCGCAUUACGGGCCGACAUUGAUAUUCUGUCGGCCGGUGAUCUGACCGAGAUCGGAGAAAAGGGCAUCAAUUUAUCGGGUGGCCAGAAGCAGCGUAUUUCGUUGGCACGCGCCGUCUACAGCAACGCCGAUCUCUAUUUGCUAGAUGAUCCGCUGAGCGCCGUUGACUCCCAUGUAGGCAAACAUAUCUUCGAGGAGGUAAUCGGACCCAAGGGUAUGCUGGCGAACAAAACGCGUGUGUUGGUCACACACGGCAUUACAUUUUUGCCACAAGUGGACAACAUUUAUGUCAUGAAGUUGGGCGAAAUCAGUGAAAGCGGAACUUACAGUGAAUUGCUCCAGAAUAGGGGAGCCUUUGCCGAAUUCCUUAUCCAGCAUCUACAGGUGGGCGAAGUGGAACAAGAGGACCUAGAUAAGAUUCAACGGCAACUGUCUAGCACAAUCAGUGAGCCCGGGUUGCUGCAAACUAUUGAGAAGAUCAUUGAUGUAGCACGAUCGGAGAGCCUUUCCGACUCUAUUUCUCUAUAUUCCAACGAUAGUCUAAUGGGUGGUUUGCAAAAUCGCAUUAGCCGUCAGCAAUCGCGUGAAUCCAAGAUCUCCGCUCAUUCGCUGAGAAAAAAAGAAGAAGUAGAAGGAAAACUAAUCGAGUCGGAGAAGUCACAGACUGGAAAUGUCGAUCUUGCCGUUUACAAGCAUUACGUUAAGAGUAUCGGCGUAUUUAUGGCUAUAGCAGUGCUAGCUCUUAACUUUGUUUGCGAAGCAUUCAAAGUCGGUUCUAGUCUAUGUCUUACAGAAUGGGCUAAUGAUAACGAUGUGGCUAACAGCACUAGCAAACGAGAUAUGUAUUUGGGACUCUACAGUGCAUUCGGUUUCUGUAUAGUUGCCACAAGUUUUUUUUCGACACUCACAUACUCGCUUGGAAGUCUACGAUGCGCGCGGGCUUUGCAUUCCACCCUCUUGCAUUAUAACUUGCGAUGGCCUAUGGAGCUCUUCGAUACGACGCCACUGGGACGGAUUGUGAAUCGGUUUUCGAAUGACAUUGAUGUAAUCGACAACGUGUUGCCCUCCAAUGUUCACGGCAUGUUGAUCGAGGGAUUUGCGGUCUUAACCACAAUUGUGGUAAUUAGCUUAUCAACUCCCAUCUUUCUGGUGGCCAUUGUACCCAUUGCCGUUAUGUACUUCUACACGCAGCGCUUUUUCGUGCCCACCGCUAGGCAAUUGAAGAGGUUGGAGUCCAUAUCUCGUUCACCCAUUUACUCACACUUCAGUGAGACACUUACUGGUGUAUCCACGAUUCGAGCCUUUUCCGUGAAGAAUCGCUUUAUCAAUGAGUCGGACGCCAAGGUGGACAAAAAUCAAGCAUUCAAAUAUCCCUCUAUGAUUUCAAACCGUUGGCUUGCUGUACGAUUGGAAAUGCUCGGUAAUAUGAUCAUCUUGUUUACUUCCUUGUUUGCCGUGCUGGGGGGCCAGACCAAUCCAGCUCUUGUAGGCUUGUCAGUGACCUACGCAAUGCAGGUAACACAGAUUUUAAACUGGCUGGUUCGCACGAUAUCUGAUGUGGAGACAAAUAUCGUAUCCGUCGAGCGAAUCAAGGAGUACAGCGAGUCCAAGCAGGAGGCACCAUGGGAACAGGAGCAGGACAUGUCGAAGUCGAAGAACUGGCCUGAAGAGGGAUGUGUCUCGUUUGAAAAUUUAAAGGUGCGUUAUCGCAAGGGCUUAGAUCUAGUAUUGCAUGGCGUUACCUUUUAUGUACGUGGCGGCGAGAAAAUUGGCAUCGUGGGACGCACGGGUUCAGGAAAAUCAAGCUUAAUGCUGUCCAUGUUUCGCAUCAUCGAAGCAUCGGAAGGACGGAUAUUGAUCGAUGGAACCGAUAUUGCCAGCUUGGGCUUGCACAUGCUUCGCUCACGUCUAUCCAUCAUUCCGCAGGAUCCAGUGCUAUUCUCCGGCUCUCUGCGCAUCAAUUUGGAUCCAUUUGGUGUUAAAAGCGACGAUGAUAUUUGGAAAGCCCUGGAGCUAUCCCACUUGAAAUCGUUUGUGAAGGGCUUUCCUGCCGGCCUGAAUCACAGCAUUGUGGAGGGCGGGGAGAACUUGUCGGUGGGGCAACGACAGUUGGUUUGCUUGGCUCGGGCAUUGUUACGCAAGACCAAAGUGCUCGUGUUGGAUGAGGCCACUGCGGCUGUUGAUUUGGAAACUGAUGACCUCAUACAAAAAACUAUUCGCUCGGAGUUUAAGGAAUGCACAGUGUUGACCAUUGCCCAUCGACUUAACACCAUACUAGACUCCGAUAAAAUAAUUGUGUUGGAUUGCGGUAUCGUUAAAGAGUUUUCCUCACCUACCAAAUUGUUAAGUGAUCCUGACUCUAUCUUCUUCAGAAUGUCAAAGGAUGCCAAUCUUGUUUAAUUUUUAUCAACUCUCACUAAAGUAUUUUCUACAACAGCUA